CUAAACCAGAAUUGCUGCAGGUGCGCUAAGGGGUGACAUGGGGACUCCUGGGAAAAACGUUGCUGAAGAAAUAAGCCAGCAGGUCAACGAUGCUCUGAGUCGCCUGGAAAACAAGCAGCUGUUCCAGACUACCUGGGAUAUUGCAGCUUUUGCCAUUUUCUUCACUUUCAUCGGGAUGGUUCUCCUGCUGGCGCUCCUUGCGCUGAUCCGCUGUUGCUGCUGUGAUUGCGAUUCUCCUGUCUCGUACAAGAAGGUCAAGAAAAGAAAAGUUGGUAUUGAUAAUAUGGGCAUGGAGCCUUAGGCUUGAUAUGACCGAUCACCUGAGCAACCAGCUUUACUGAUUUUUCUCUGCUGUGUUGAAGUGUAUUAUAAGAAUCAGAUCUCACCCUGGAGGAACUGCAUGACAGGUGAGCCUCAAGAGGCUAGAUGCUCAAAUUAUGUUUCUUAGUUCAUGUCUGUUUGCAAUAAGCUCAGGGAGAAGGAUUCAGCAAUUCUCACCAUUACCGACUAUCAGCUGCUUCUGAUCACUAGUGACAAGGAGAGAUCUAACUAGGUAAUUAAU